AUGCGGUUUGUUGAACAGCAGCGGGAUUUAUAUCGUGUACUCCGAAGUCCAUCGAGGCACACAGCAGGUGAACGCAAGCGGGCAUAUUUCUUUCUCUUCGCCUAUUGCCUCACCAUUGCGGCGCUCUUUUUUAGUUUUAUGCACUUUGUGGGUGCGUGGGUUUCCGCUGGCCUACUACAACUUGUCAUGGUCAUUUUCUCCAUGAUGUACGCCCUCAACGUUGCGGACUGCCGGGACAAGUGCCUCAAUGUGCUGGAGUGCGAGCGGGUUGUCAACCCCGUGCUGGAGGUUUACAUCUGUCUCCGCGUGCUACAGCUUCUCCAAGCCAUAUUUUUUCUUCAUAGCAUUGUGCUGUCCAUUACCUUUAUCGCGGCGCUUUUGUUUCUGUUUUGGCGCAUCUCAACCGGUAUUUUCUUCGUUGAUGCGACAAGUCUCUGGCGCGAGAUCGGAAGACUCGAGCAGGGAUCGUACUUCGUCAUGGGCGUUGAUAUCGUGCUGUUUAUGGUGUACCUUGUCAGCAUGGUGAUUGCCGUCGUCGUACACUAUGCGGACUAG